CAUCCGUCGCUGCAGUGUUGUUGUUCCCGCCGAUCCGUGCGUCCGCGUGCAUUGUCGCCGUUGUUGCUCGCGAUCCUAACCGCGGUCGCCCUGUAGGUAACCAUAAUAAUAAAAUAGUAUAUUGUUGGUGAUAUUUAAAAUACACACGUGAUGAUUCUUUUCUCUCGUUAAAACUGUGUUUUUUUUUUCAUAUCUAAAUAUUAUAAUUGUCAUAUUUACAGUGCGCCGUACAAGUGUCGUUUUAUUAGUGUUUCGUAUGUUUCUCGAUUUUUAUCUAUUUUAUAGUGUUAAUUAAUGUUAAAUUACAAUAGAUAAUAUUAUUAUCAUAAUAGUGUUCUGCAGAUACUUAAUUAAUUAAGCGAAUUUGUUGUUUUUUUUCUUUUAUUAAUUGAAAAGGUCUAAAGACAUUUAUAUUGUAAGGACGAAACAAACAGUUGAAUGACUGGUGCUGUGACGAAGGAUAUAAUGUGAAUACUGGAGCACUGGAGGAGCUGGAUUGUUAUAUUAUAUAUAAGUGCACAUGUCGCCGUACAGCAGGGAACACCACACGGCCGUCGUCACUCCCGUUUCGGUGGUGUCGCCGGUGAUCGAAGAGUUUGGCGGCAACAAGAAAGAUGACGCCGCCGCCGCCGGUGGACUGCCGGCUUACCACCGUAAGUACUCAGAGUCCGGAAAACCCGCCGCCGGAUAUACCAAUGGGUUCUCGUUGCUCCGCCGACUGUUGCGUUGGUGGCUCGCCCGAUUCGGCCAAAAGCCGCUGGUUAAAAAAGGUGUAUUGGAGAUGAGCGCUGCGACCGAAAGUGGUAUCCGGUUGAGCGGACAUACUCUAGACAAGGCGACCAAGGCCAAAGUCACCCUUGAGAAUUACUACAGCAAUCUGAUCGCUCAGCACAUUGAACGGAAACAGAGGUUGGCGAAACUCGAAGAAACUUUGAAAGAUGAAAGUCUGUCGGAGCAACAGAAACAAGAAAAACGCCAGCAACAUGCGCAAAAAGAAUCGGAAUUUCUCAGGCUCAAGAGAUCUAGGCUCGGGGUAGAAGAUUUUGAACCGUUAAAGGUCAUUGGCCGCGGUGCUUUUGGAGAGGUGAGACUGGUUCAAAAGAAAGACACUGGUCAUAUAUACGCCAUGAAAAUCCUACGCAAAGCCGACAUGCUUGAAAAGGAGCAAGUGGCGCACGUCCGUGCAGAAAGGGAUGUCCUCGUCGAAGCUGAUCACCAGUGGGUCGUUAAAAUGUACUAUAGUUUUCAGGAUCCAAUAAACCUUUACCUUAUAAUGGAGUUCCUGCCCGGUGGUGACAUGAUGACGCUACUAAUGAAAAAAGAUACACUCAGCGAGGAGUGUACGCAGUUUUAUAUCGCCGAAACUGCGUUGGCUAUUGAUUCUAUACACAAACUCGGAUUUAUACACAGGGAUAUCAAACCCGACAAUCUACUACUAGACGCCAGGGGCCACAUUAAACUGUCCGAUUUCGGAUUGUGCACCGGCCUGAAAAAAUCGCACCGGACCGAUUUCUACAGAGACUUGAGCCAGGCCAAACCGUCGGAUUUCAGUUUUUUCUGUUCGCCAGCAUCGAGUCCGAUGGACAGCAAACGGCGUGCGGAGAGCUGGAAGAGAAAUCGCCGGGCGCUGGCCUACAGCACCGUCGGCACGCCGGAUUACAUUGCACCCGAAGUAUUCCUCCAGACCGGUUACGGUCCUGCUUGUGAUUGGUGGAGCGUCGGUGUCAUCAUGUACGAAAUGCUAAUCGGGUACCCGCCGUUCUGCAGCGAAAACCCUCAGGAGACGUACAGGAAGGUUAUGAACUGGCGGGAGACGCUUAGCUUCCCAGCCGAGGUGCCCAUCAGUGAGGAGGCACGCGACGCCAUCUCCCGGUUCUGUUGCGAAUCAGACCGCCGUCUCGGCUACAGCGGCCGCGGCAUCGACGACCUCAGGUCAACGAUAGCGUUCUUCCGUGGCGUCGACUGGGAGCACAUCAGAGAACGGCCGGCCGCCAUACCUGUCCAGGUCAAGUCCAUCGACGACACGUCCAACUUCGACGACUUCCCGGACGUCAAACUCGAAAUACCGUCAGCACCGAUAUCGCAAGACGGUGAAGUGAUCUACAAAGACUGGGUGUUCAUCAACUACACGUUUAAGCGGUUUGAGGGGCUCACUCAGCGGGGCAUAGCUACCAAAAAGUGAUUUUAAAUAUCGUUAACGAUAGUGCAAUGUGAUAUUUUUAUCUAACCUCCUACGCUUUUCUCCUUUUCCCACCAACCAACCUCCCCCUGUACUCCUCCCCCCCUCAACACCCUAUCCCGACCCAUCCCCCGAUCCACACACUACAAAUUCCCCACCAUCCCUAUCACCAUUAGUUGGCAUGCAGACUUUAUGAUCUCAAGAAGAAAAGUGUUUUCUUCUCAGCGAUGAAAAAAACCAACUGAAGAUUCCAAAGACCAAAUAUUUUUUUUUUUUAAAUAUAUAUUAUAUAUAUAUAUAUAUGAUAACCUGUGUGAUCAACGAUGAUGCAUAGUUGUUAUCUAUUCACCGUCAAACAUAUAAUAUAUACAAAACCAAUCGAUAUAUUGUGUAGCGUUAAAUUUCAAUGUUCUUAAUUUGUUACUUGAUAUUAUUUUUGCACACUAAAAUUAUCCCUUAAGCUUCAUCUAGUCAACUCCUUCGUUUUUUUUUCUUUCUCUCGAACAAUAUUCGAAAUUUGAAUCCAUAUACACGUUAGGUAAGAAUCUUAUAUUUACCGUAACACGUUCGACAUAACCACGGCAAAAAUAUAUAAAACAAAUAACAAUAUUAAUUAACGUGAGAUAUAGGUGACAAGGCGUUACAUAUUUAGCGUGUACAUAUUAUAUUGGUGUGUAUAUAUAUAUAUAUACCGUAAACACAAUACCAUACCUACUGUAAUGAUCACUGUGGGUUGUGUGUAUAUACAUAUUACGUAUAUAGUGUUAUAUACUAUUCGUGUACAUAGUCUGGUGCACUGGUGCCGCUGGUGCUCAGGCGCGGUCAUUCCACAACCACCUGCGGGGAAUGCGAACGUCUAUAAAUAUUGUCCUAGUGCACAUCAUCGUUCUCGGGGACGUCGAACGUUCCGGACAAUAUAUUAUAUUAUAUAUUUUAGUAAAACCGUUCGAGACUUGCCCUUUGACGAGUGUAAAAAAAAAAAAAUUUUAAAAAAAAGUUGAUUAUUACGCACUUUUAGCAUGUUCCUAUAAACUAUAGGUAGUGGUAGCCAAUGAAUAAUUAAUUUAAUUAAUCAUCGGACAACAAGGCCGAAAGCGAUUGACCCCGGGACAGGUUAGACUUAAGAUUUGUUUGAUUAUUAUUAAUUUCUCGAUCUGAAUAUUUUGUUUGUUUACGCGUAGACGUUAGUUUUAACAGUUGUGAUAUUCGCAAAGUUAAUUAUUAUUGUUUGUUCGUAAUUUUUUUAUGAUUAUUAUUAUUACUACUAUUAAUUAUUAUUAUUAUUAUUAUUAUUAUUAUUAUUAUUAUUACUACGAACAUGACGCUGUUUAUCGUUUUUUAUGUGGUGGUUUUAUAUAAUCGUAAAACCGUCGUCUUCUCAAUACUCCGCAUUAGACCACUAUAUCUGAUUAGAGUCGAAAGCUAUUAUAUUAUAUAUUAUAUAUAAAUAUAUUAUAUUUUUCAGUACCUAUGUAAAUUUCAAUUUUAAAGCGUGUAUAUUUUUUUUCACUUAUUAUUUUUAUUCAUUGUUUUUUUCUGUUCUCGAAAUGUCGUUAAAUGUUUUUUUUCUGUGUGUAAAUAUGAAUGGAAACGCUUGCCGCCAAUGUUCAAAUAAACACCAUCAUCUAUGUCGUGUGAUACUUGCCGAUUAGAAUGUAUUAUUAUUUGGACGGCGUGGGGCGUUAAUUGAUUAAUUUCGAUGUAUUUUAGUUAAAUAUUAAUUUAAUAAUAAUAAAAAAAUUUCUAAAAAACAAUGUAUAUUGCUAUUUUAUGUUAUAAUGUAAAACAUUAUAUUAUUAUGUGUAUUAUUGAAUAGUACAAAAGUUAGACGUACUGUCGCCUUCCCCCUACUGAUUGAAUAACGCCAUUCAAAUUCCCGAAAAUGUAUAGAAUAUAUUAUUAUAUAAUAUACAAGAUUUACAAGAAAGAAAUUUGAGUGUAUCGAUACGUAUCGGUUAAAUAUUGAGCGUUCGAGAAAUUAAAUAAUGUGCGAUUUACCAUGCGAAACGUACCGAUGACCCGUAUUGGACGAGGGCCUUGUAUCAGUACUUAACUAUACGUAUCGAAUUUUCUUCUUGAAAAUCUUGAUAUUAUAUUAUCUAUUUUUACGUACCUAUCAUUUGUAACUUGGGCAAAGUUAUAGCCACGUUGUUAUAAUAAUAUUAUGUCGACACUGUUCGCACUAUUUUAUAAUAUGUGUUUGGCUAUCUGCAAGUGCUUGUAAACGAAACAAAUUAAGCUGAACAUUUUGUUUAAAGUAUUUACAUAAUAUACCUACAAUAUAAACGUAUAUAUUAUCAAUA